CCUCUUCUCUUUUUGUAGUUUUUAGUUUUUUCUACUUCUCUCUCUACUCAGCUAGACUCUCUCUCUCAACUCUCUGAAGUCUCAAAUGGCGACGAAAUCCAAAGAAAGUGAGAACGAUGAAUUGAUUUCUCCUUUGGUACCGACUAAGCGGAGAAAAAAUGUAAACCGCGACACAACAAAUUCCGACGUUUGUUUCGUCGGAAAACCCCUUCCCGACACCGAAGCCAGCGACAGAUGGCCCCACCGCUACCAAUCAAAGAGUAAGGUGAAGAGAGUGGAGGUAGCUGGGAGCAAAGAAGAGGGAUCAAAGAGUGAAGAGAAGGAGGUUUUGCAAGCAAGAUGCCACUAUACUCAAGCAAUGAUAGAUGGCUCUAUUUAUAAUCUUAAUGAUGAUGCUUAUGUUCAGGCUGAAGAUGGAAAACCCAACUAUAUUGCAAGAAUUAUAGAGUUGUUUGAGGGAAUUGACAGAGAACUAUAUUUUACAGCUCAAUGGUUUUACAGGGCAGAAGACACCGUUAUCAAGGACCAUGCAGAACUUAUUGACAAAAGAAGAGUGUUUUUAUCCGAUAUAAAGGAUGAAAAUCCAUUAAAUUGCAUUGUCUCUAAAGUGAAAAUUGCUCUAGUUUCCCCAAAUGUUGACUUGGUUACUAAGGAGAAAACAAUCCCUCCUUGCGACCUUUAUUAUGAUAUGAAAUACUCAUUAUCAUAUUUGACUUUUGCAAACAUUGUCAUUGAUAACUUAGAGCAGUCUAAAACGGAAAGGAGUAGAUCAUCAAUUUCGAGUGAUACCAAGUCAAACCACCCAAUUGGUGAUGCUAUUGUUGCCAUUGAAGAGUCAAAAAAGUCAGAGAUGACUUUAUUGGAUCUAUACUCUGGUUGUGGUGCCAUGUCUACAGGUCUUAGUAUAGGUGCAGUUAUAUCAGGCGUUAAACUUCUCCCUAGGUGGGCUGUUGACAUAAAUCCUCAUGCUUGUGAAAGUUUGAGGUUGAAUCAUGCUAAAACUGAGGUGAGAAAUGAAGCAGCGGAAGACUUUUUAGCUUUAUUGAAAGCAUGGACAAAGCUGUGUGAGGAUUUCUCAUUGUUUGGAUCAGAUCAGUUACCAGAACAGAAUUUUGAUCUAGAAAGGGCUGAUGACAAUGAUAAUGAUGAAGAGGAGGAUGAUGAUGGUGAUGAAGGCUCUAUGGUUCCAGAUGUGGACUUUGAAGUGCAAAAUUUAUUAGCUGUCUGCUAUGGUGAUCCCAAUAAGAUAAAGAAACCUGGAUUAUACUUUAAGGUUCGUUGGAAGGGUUAUGGUUCUAGUGAGGACACUUGGGAGCCUAUUGAGGGCUUAAGCCAAUGCAAAGAAAAACUGAAAGAAUUUGUGAUGAAAGGGUGUAAGUCAAAAAUAUUGCCACUUCCUGGUGAUGUUGACUUCAUUUGUGGGGGCCCUCCUUGUCAAGGAGUAAGCGGUUUUAACCGCUUUAGAAAUCAAGAGGCUCCCUUAGAUGAUGUGAAGAACCGUCAGUUGCUGGUGUUCAUGGAUAUCAUUGAGCACUUGAAGCCAAGAUAUGUUUUGAUGGAGAAUGUUGUUGAUAUAUUGAAGUUUGCAGGUGGUUUUUUGGGGCGUUAUGCCAUAGGACGUCUUGUUUCCAUGAAUUAUCAAGCAAGGUUGGGUAUGAUGGCUGCAGGAUCUUAUGGUUUGCCACAAUUUCGGAUGCGGGUGUUCUUGUGGGGUGCUUGUCCUACAGAGAAAUUGCCUCAAUAUCCGUUGCCAACUCAUAAGGUCAAUGCGAGAAAAUUCAUUCCAAAUGAAUUUGAGGAAAUACAUGUUGGUUCUGUUAUUGAUGAGCAUUGUAUGCUGCAAGAGGCUCUUUGUCUUGAGAACACAAUAUCUGAUCUGCCACCUGUCACAAAUGAUGAAAGUGAGGAUAUAAGGAAGUAUGGUACAACAGCUCGUACAGAGUUCCAAAGAUAUAUUAGAUUGAAAAGAAAUGACAUGGUGACUUACAUGGCUGACGUUCAAAGUGUACCACAAACUUCGAUGCUGUAUGAUCAUCGGCCUUUGAAGUUGAGCAAAGAUGAUUUGGAUAGAGUUUGCCUUAUUCCAAAGAAGAAGGGUGCAAAUUUUAGGGACCUACCUGGUGUGUUGGUUGGUCCAGAUAAUAAGGUAGAAUGGGAUCCGUCAAUGGAAAGAGUGAUGCUUCCUUCUGGUAAACCUCUGGUCCCUGAAUAUGCUAUGAGCUUUGUCCAAAGGCGUGGGAUAUCAACAAAGCCAUUUGGUCGUUUAUGGUGGGAUGAAAUUGUCCCAACAGUUGUGACAAGGGCAGAACCUCACAAGAAGACUCUUCUUCACCCUUUGCAAGAUCGAGUGCUGACAAUACGUGAAAAUGCUAGACUACAGGGAUUCCCUGAUUGUUAUCAACUUUCUGGGCCUGUCAAAGAGAGGUACAUACAAGUUGGGAAUGCUGUAGCUUUUCCUGUUGCUCUUGCACUAGGAUACACAUUUGGUUUGGCUUGCCAAGGAUUAUCUAAUGACCAGCCGGUAACAACUGUUCCUCUGAAGUUCCCCAAUUGUCUUGCUCGGUCAUCUUUGGCACAAACAUAAGGAGAUCUCUCAAUUAAGGUUGUUGAAAGGAUUGCAGAUUUAAUCUCCAGCCUUUUUUGAACAUAUUUAUCUGCCAUUCAUAUAAUACAAGGUUUCUCCCAGCUGACAUAUGGUUCUACCUAUUAACGGAAUGAAUUGCUUCAUUUUAGCUUGAAAUAUGGCUAUAAGCAUGAGUAUAGGGGUACAGAUUUUUUUUUUUUUUUUCAAAAAGAAUAAAAAGAGGAUUCUUUCUUCACUUUGAUAGAGUAUUCUUUUUUCACUUUGAUAACGAUCAUGAGUUUUUUGCUUCCCUUUGUUUAAGUAGGUUUCUUUGCAUCAUGUAUUAUAUUUUUUCCCCAUUUUGGGUGAUUUUAUUUGAUGAGAA